AAAAGCCAAAGAUGGAAAAUUCCCCCUCCACUUCCAGUAAAAAAAAAAAAAAAAAUUCCCCCUCCACAACCGAGCUUCAUCCCUGUGCGAAAAGAAAAAUUGGGGAAAAUGACAAGGGAGCACGGGCUCUCCUUCAUUCCUCUGCUUCCAAUGCGCCCUCCCGCAUUAAUCGACGACCGCCCGCUGCCGAUUUCUUUAGUGGUUCGCCCUGCCUGCCAACCUCAGCGGUCGCAACCCCUUUCUCUCCAUGCUCUCUCGGCCGCGCCAACCAGCCGCACCGCCGCCUGUUAGUUUGGUGGCUCGUCCCGCAGGCAAUCAUCAGCAGUCACCGCCAGGAGCCAUUGCCACCAAGUCCCUCCUCCUGUCGUCGAAGAGCAGCCUCUCCCUUUCCCAGGAUCGGCAAUCCAAAUCUGACGAAUUAGGUUACCUAAGGCUGGAGUAUCAGGGGUGCAUGGCAUUUAGCCCAUCCUGUCACUGUGAGAGGGAGUCAAGUACUGGAAAGACGACUUGGAGUUCUCAAGGCUAUGGACCAGCUGGAUAUGCUUUGUUUGUGGCAGUAUAUGCAGCAUUGGAGGAAAAACAGAAGUCAAAAGUUAAGGAGAAGCUUGACAAGUGCGUAAAGGAAAAGCUUAUAGAUUUUUGUGAUGUGCUCAAUAUUCAAGUAACUAAAGCCACAGUGAUAAAGGUAGAACUCACUGUAAGAAUCAAGGACUUCUUGGAAUCCCCACAUGCUACAACUGAUGUUUUGCUCGCUGAUAAGGAACAGAGAGGUAAGAAGCGAAGGUCGAUCACUGGGAAGAAUUCAAGCCCUGGUGAAGCAUCAGCUAAGGAGAAUGCCGAGAAGGUUGAGAAUCUGAUUAGAGAGGUUUAUGAGGGAGUGACGGUGAUGUUCAGAAAAACUGAUAGGCGUUUUGAUGACCUAGCCAAGGACUUAUUGGAUCUGACAGGGAGGAGUUAUGAGCAUUAUCUGUCUAAACAGGUUCGUUGCGUGAACAAUGCAAUCAAAAACCUGAAGACAGAUCUGCUGGAUGCAGUGAGGACCGAGGUUCAGAAGUUCAUUGAGACAAAGAAGGGAACGCCAGGAAAUAGCAAACCUGUACGCCGUGCACGUGCAAGUGCUCGUUCCGUGGGUGGAAAAUUGAAGGUGCCAGCGUUUCCGGAUAUUACCAAACCCAAGAAAAAGACUACAAAAUGUAGAGCUGGGCCUUUCACAGUGGGGAUUCAUGUCAGUCCCGAGGACAGCAUUGAUGAGAAGAUCGCCAUGAUAAUUUGCACCUUUCUAACUAGGGAGGAUAUUUUGACCCUUGCACCUAAAUCUCCACUGAGCACGUUGAGCACGUUGGUGAAGCAGGUGGAGGGGGAGCAGCAACCUCAACACCAGCGGGCUGAGCAGGGGAGUGAACCACAACAGGAGGUGAAUCAAUGGAAGCUUCCGUUUGUGGAACAGCAGCGGGCGAAAGCUUCUGGAAAUAGAGACGACCUACGAAGCUUCAUCAGCUUGGAGCACGUGAAAACGCUAUACUGUACUGACAUUCGUGACUGCGAGGCGGUGUACAUUGUUGUAGCUGUUAGAUGUGGUAUGGCUUAG